UCCUUCCUCCCACACUACAGAAAAGAAAAUUCCAAUCCAAUCCAGGACCGGCUCACCACCUAACGGCAAAAGAAAAGCGCACCCGCAGGCAGGUCCAAAUCAAGCCUCCUCGCCGCAACCACCCUCUCUCCCUCUCGCCGGCGUCCCCCCAUUCACCGCCCCCCGGGUAGAGCGCGAGUCCCCAGCCCAGGGGGCCGCGGCGCGCCCCCCCCCCGCCUAAACUUAGCGGCCGCUCCAGGAAUAGGCGCGGGGCGCGCGGGGAUGGGGUACCUGCCGUCCUCCCUGGGCAGCAAGGCGGCGCACUUCGUGUCCGACCUCACCACCGUCAUCCUCAACCCCGUGAGGCGGACGAAGAGCAAGAAAAAUCAGAAGACGACAAAGACUCUGACCACAAUUCUGAUAACCCAGAUGGCCCCGAUACAUCUUCGUUUAGAGCAUUCAUGAUCUCAUUUUUGUCGCCAUCUAGCUCUUUUAACGAUUCAAGGGAGAUAAUCCCCGAGCAGAGCGAAGAAAUGGGAUACCCAACUUUAACACCAGUUGGGAAGACAAACAAGGGAAAGACAGGCUUGCUAAGCAGAGGGAAGCAUUCCAUUGGAAAAAUCAUUAAUAAAGCGGCUAGGAUGAGCGGUUUCAAACAAAGCUCAGAACCUAAAAUUGACAAAGAGGUGGUAAAUCAUGCUGAAUCAGUUGCACCUGCAUUGGAGCUCGAAGGACCAAAUGAAGUUAAUUCCCUGACCAACAUGCCAGUUAUGUCAGAGCCAUCUGUCCUUUUGUCAGAAACAAUGCGAUCCACUCUUUAUUCCUCUCUUCCUAUUCUGGCCCAAGGAAGGAGCUGGGUUUUGCUAUACAGCACAUUGAGGCAUGGAAUAUCUUUAUCUACUUUAUAUAGAAGGAGUUUGCUGUGCCCUGGUUACUCACUCCUGGUAGUUGGGGACAGAAAGGGGGCGGUUUUUGGUGGUCUAGUUGAGGCUCCAUUACAACCAACUAGCACAAAGAAGUAUCAGGGUACCAAUAACUGCUUUGUUUUCACUAAUUUACACAGCGAUCCUGCUAUAUACUGGCCAACAGGUGCCAAUAAGUAUUAUACUGUGUGCUCUGCUGACUAUUUGGCACUAGGAGGUGGAGGUCAUUUUGCACUUUAUCUAGACUCAGACCUUUUGAGUGGUUCAAGUUCAAAUUCGGAGACUUUUAACAACCAGUGCCUGUCACAUUCUCCAGACUUUGCAGUUAAAGACGUUGAGCUAUGGGGCUUCGUCUAUCCUUCAAGGUACGAAGAGAUGCUCAAGCUCUGCAGUACUGAGAAACCAGGGGUCUGCCGAUUUUGAGUUUACCGAAGCAAUGUGUGUUACAUCUGUACAGUUUUUAGUAGGCGCCGCUAGAAUUUUAGUGUGCAGGACCAUGGUAGAAGUAUUGGAAAGUGAGAACUUGUCUUGUCGAGCGAGUUUGCUGAGAUUUAUAAAUUCUGUAAUUUUCUUGUUAUGCCAGUGGAACAAGCUUACUGGUGGUUGUUCGAAUUACAGCGGCAAAUGUACUGCGUCA